GGUGCCGGGGAGGGGAGUGAGGUCCUUGGAGCGAAGAUGGCGGCAGGAGAGUCGAAGUCAGUGCUGUUCAUGUGCCUGGGAAACAUCUGUCACUCUCCAAUAGCUGAAGCAGUUUUCAGAAAACUCGUAACUGAUGAGAAACUUGAACGUAAGUGGAGGAUAGACAGUGCAGCAACAUCUGCCUAUGAAAUAGGAAGCCCUCCUGACUAUUGAGGACAGAAUUGUAUGAAGAAGCAUGGCAUUACCACGAACCAUAUUGCCAGGCAGAUUGCUAAAGAGGAUUUCCAGACCUUUGAUCAUGUACUUUGUAUGGAUGAGAGCAAUCUAAGAGAUUUGAACAGGAAAAGUAACCAAGUUAAAGACUGCAAGGCCAAAAUUGAGCUACUUGGAACUUAGGAUCCUCAGAAACAGCUUAUUAUUGAAGAUCCAUACUAUGGGAAUGAAAAGGACUUUGAAACUGUUUACGAGCAAUGUCUUAGAUGCUGUAAAGCAUUUUUAGAGAAGUAUCAUUAAUGCUUCAUCAUAUAAUUUCUAAAAGA